AUGACUCAGAUAAAGAUGGGAAACCUUUCUAAGACAAGUUGCUUCUACAGUAGAACAUUACAACUGCGAGAUUUAGAUUCACAACAAGCAAACAUUGUUGAAGACCAGUACAAAACAGAUUUAAACAGUAUUGCCGCUAAACGUGUUCUGGACAUGGGGUUCAUGCAGACACAGGUCGAAGAUGCAAUCAGGAACGUAAGGCAACGUAAUGGUCUUGUUGAAAAACUGAAAGCACAGAACAUAUUAGAAUAUCUUCUAGACGACAGAUAUACAGCUAAUGCAUCUGCUACAACAACGACACCUGGACAGCAUAGCAACACCGCCAACAAUGGAAGUCAAUCAUCUCCAAACAACCGUCAGUCGGACCAGUAUAAUGUCUCCAUAGAUACAACCGUGAGAACUUCGACAGAACCAUCUGCAGACAAAACACCAAAAUCAACAAAAGAUGAGAGAAAGUCAUUGAAGGAGGAAAAUCAGCAUCUGAAAGAACAGAUGAUGUGCAAAAUUUGCAUGGAUAAAGAUGCAAACAUUGUGUUUCUUCCAUGUGGACAUUUGGUUUCGUGUGUUGAAUGUGCGCAUGCGCUUAGAAAAUGCGCCGUCUGUCGAACGGUUAUCCAGGGCACAGUUAGAGCAUAUCCGGCAUAAUAAGAGUGUAAAUAUCAACUUCAAUACCUCUAAAAGGAUAAGAAAUAGUGGUUUCAAAGCCUAAGCAAUUCUCUUGGAACAGAUUCCAGGUCAUAAAAAUCAACAUUCUUGAUUAAAACGCAUUUUGUUAUAACAGUAAUACUGUGUCUGUGUAACAUUAUAAAGUGUGCAUUAUUUUUAUAACUGUAGGUACUUCUAUUAAGGUUGAAUAAUUUGCAAUGCACUUCUUCAAAUGUCUCACUUUUUGUGUCGCGAAGACAAAACUUAUGCCAUACGACGACAUUUGAGCUAUAGUGGAAGAAGCAUACUUUAGGGGCUACUUCAGUAUUAUUUCUGGCACAAGUGAGUAUGAGGAUAGAAACAAGACCGUUCGCAAGCAUGCUGGAUGGCCUUCUCUAAUGUAUUCUUGCAUAAAAACUACUUUUUUCCCUGGAUCCGUCUAUGUUUAAACGGGAGAAAAAUCGUGUGCAAACAAGGCAAUUCACGUGCUGUUAAUACAUGAUUUUUAUUUUUGAAAUGCUUUGCCAGGGAUAUAUGUAUGUAUUUUUGCGCACACUGAUAUUUGGCAUCUUAGUCUUGUUUCUUCCAUAACAACCUCUUCUUGUAGCAUUAUAGAUAGAAUGUAAUCCAUAGUAUGUUAAGCUGUAUCUGUUUCCAACCCCAAAUGUAAUGCCCCCAUCAAUGUACCCACUAGCUUCUCUUAGAGUUCACUCCCUUUACAAAGCAUCUGUUCAGUUAUUGUAAAUAACUGUGAAUAAAUAAGUAUCGCGUGUAACUUGUGCUAUUGUUCGAUUUUAGGCAUUAUAUUUAUGAUUUUGGUAAGUAUCAGUCAGUAUGUUUUUAUCUAAUUUCUCGAAGAAUUUAUACAAACAGCUUGGAAACUCGACAGUACGUUCGUACUCAUCCGUACUCCAACUGCGUGUCCGUACUCAAUGUAACUCGAAUGUAAAGUUACUAUUCUUGAAAUUGUGAUCGAGUCCACCAAAUUGUGAAAUGAUAUGAACAAUUAUUGGUAAUUUUAUGUUUGUAAUAAUGAGACAUAAAAAAAUCGCUUAAAAACCUUCAGGAUGUGCUCUUGAUAGUGUUGUUUAUUUCCGGGCCCUGGAUACGGAUAUUUAAAACAUAUUUACCGUUUCCAAGAACAACUGGAAUGGUAAAUAAAAAUGUACCGGAAUCGUCGAGUCAUCACAUAUGUAAACAAUACAUAAAUCGUCGUGAAAUAUAUUUUUAUGCAAGAA